AUGCUAUCUCAAGGUUCGUUAGAAAAAGCAUUAUCUUUAGAAGGUUUCCUUAAAAAAAAGAGUCCAAGCGGUAUUACAGGCUACCAAAAACGCUAUUUUGCAAUUCGUGAUUCUGGAAAACUUCUUGCUUAUUUUCCAAGAAAGCCUAAACCAGAUACAGAACCUCGAGGUGUUAUUCCAUUAGAUUUAGUUAAAGAGAUACGUGAUGUAGAUGAUACAAAUUUCUCAAUAAUUUAUGAGGAGCGUGUAUUUGAACUUAAAGCUGAUAACCCAGACGCAAAGGUUAUGUGAGUUAAUGCACUGCAACUUUUACUUGAAAAAAUCAGAGUAAGUAAGCAGCCUGAAACAAGGCCAAGGUCAGAUACCAAGACAAAAACGUGGAAACCCAAAAAUCUCUCUGCAGACAUGCUCCAAAUGGUAAAAAUUGAUGCUGAUAGCCCAUCACCUGCCCCGCGUGUUGAUUCUCAAAAUGUCCAUGUCCAAAUUAUGAACCUUAAAGGAAUCUGGCAAUAUAUUGUAAAUAUUGAUGCAAAAGUCUUAAAAAAUAGACUUAUUUAUGGAUUUUUGAAUAAACGAAGCAAAGGGAAAAUGAAAUAUUUUCAGAAAAGAUGAUUUGUGUUGAUAAGUGGAGCUCCGAUCAAAAAUGACGUAGAAGAUGACCAACAAUUAGCGGAAACAUUGUUGCCACCAUGAAUGUAUUUGAAUCAUAUUUAUUAUUUUAAAUUUAGCGGGCUUGAUGAUGACUCUGAAGCGCAAGGAGAAAUCCCUACAAGAAUUGUUAAUAUAAGAAUCAAAGAUAUGACAAAUUCCAAAGACUCAGGAGCCUCAUUCUUACUUGAUGUAGGUACAAGAAUUUUUCAUUUAAAUGCUGAUAAUGAAGAAGAAAUGAAUCGAUGGAUAAAGGCUAUAGAAAUUAGCAGGGAAAAUGCACAAGAAGUAAGCUCAAGUAUUACUGGCAAACCAAAAAUACUUAAAAAAAUUAUUGAUUUAUACGAUAAUCAUGGAGAAAGCUCAUUAAAAGGAAAAAUUUUAGAAAAAUUCCAAAAUGAAAUAGGAGAUCUGAUGGAAAAUUGUAAAGAGAUUGAGUUAGCUAUUAAUGCGUGCCAACUAUUAACAGAUGAUUUAAUAUCUACAAUAGAUGGCUGUAUAGCGGCUCGGCCUCAAAGAUUAGAAAUUGCAGAAUUUUAUGCUGGGAUUUUUCAUAAAAAAUUAUGUGAAUUUUUAUCCCGAUGCUGAAAAAUACUUGGGAAGCAUAUGCCAAUUGAAGACCUGCGAAAAUUGAUAAAAUGGGUUCAUUAUUAUGAUACACAAUUAAGAAAAGUAGGAAUUACUGACCAAAAAGUAGACAAUGGGUUAGUAGUCCUUUCAUUGACCUAUUCCAAUAGGAUUUUUGAAAAUUCCAAACAAGGAAUUUUAGAUGCCAUGAUAAAUGCUAGGGAGCAAGUUGGCAUCGAUGAAGAAUCAGGGCUUUAUAUCGUUUGUUUUGCAGAAAUCUGCUCUAUAGUCGAGCCAUUAUUGUUUGAAAUUCAGUCAGAAAAUUUACCAAGCUUCACUGAAAAUCUAUUAGAAACUCUAACUCCCCCUCUGUGAGCGAACAAAACUAUGGAAAGAUCCCUAAUAUUUGGAUUUUUCUCAACAUCCGUAAGCAAACAAAAAAAAUGUUAUAUAUAAGUGAUAAUUAUUAUGAUGAAACCUCGAGCUAAUUCUGGUUAAUUAAAACAUCUUGCAUUUUAAAACAUAAAUUUUACAAACUAAUCUACUCUGUAAAUUAAUUUCAAAUUGAGAUUUUUAAAUUUUGAAAAAAAAAAAUACUAUAAAAAUUAUAUAUAAAUUUUUAAAAUUUUUUUAAAAAUAAAAAUUAACCACCAUUAAUGAGCGAAUAAAAUUUUUUUGUUCGCUCACGGAGGGGAGCAAGAGAUGUUGUAGGACAAUACCAAAAUGCUGUAAUUGAGCUAUUAGAAAGAGCUGCACCGUUGUCUUUAACUUAUUUAGUAGGAUUAUGCAAUGAUUCUUAUUUAAUCUUACAGAGAAUGAUCACAUGGCAAAAUUUGUUGAAAUCACAUAUAGAAGCUGAUGUGAUGCAAAAGCAUUUAUGUGCUACAGAGAUGUCUGAGAAUGUUAAGCAGAUGGGAGGAAGAGUAAAAGAAUACUUGACAGAUACGCUGUUGCUAAAAGUUGAUGACCAGUUUAGUGGACCUAUUCAUGAACUUCACUUGCUCCUCCCAGUAAUAAUCAAGAAAUUGCUUGUUCGUUGGGGUUUUCGCAAAUUUUAUAUAAAUAGAUUAAAAUUUGUUUAUUAUUGAGUAUAUAUACCUAAAAUUACCAUUUUUGGCAUUUUAGCUCACCCAAUAAUGAGCAAAUUUCGAUUUAUUUAUUAUUAAAUUUACUAUUUAAAGAUUAUGUGCAAAUAAGCAAGAGAAUGCUUAUUACUGAGGGAGGGAGUUAGAAGCAAUUUUUAGUAAAAUUGUUAAAGAUUUGUCAGUAUUUGAGCCUUAUUUAGAAAAAUCUUUUAUGAGGCAUAUAUGGAGGAGCUUGCUCGAAGAGCUUAUAGAAAAAUAUAUAACAACUUAAGCAAAAAGAUAUUUUUAUGGCUUAUCAUUAAUUUUUUCAUAAUUUCAUCCAAAAAAGAAUACAGAUUCUAUACUUUUAAAUAAUGCAGGGUUAAGAGAUCAAUCAAUUUUACUUUUGACCGAAACUUUAAGAAGUGACACUGAUAUGCUUUUAAAGCACUUUUGCACUAAAUUAGAUGCAGAUGCUGUGAUACAAGAAAUCAAAGUCCUUAAAGACAUUCUUGAUUUUUUAGAAGCCCUGCCUCAUCAAAUUCCAGAAGCCGUAAAAUCACUGCGAAAAUCGCAAGGCGAUACUUUUUCUCUCAACGUAGCUGUAAGUUUUAUUUAGAAAUAUCCUGACUUACUCUCAUUGCUAUCAUUAGCUAGCAUAUCUUACAUCAAGUGAAUAUUGAAUAAUUUCAAGCCAUUAUUUCCAUAUUCAUAUAGAAUCAUUAUAUCUCAUUUAUUUGAGGAGCGAUUUAGAUAUUGAUGAAAAAAGAUCAGCUACGAUAAAAGCCAAAGAUACUUUUGAAGGGGAAAGGAACAUAGAGCAGAGACAAAAAAAACGAAGUUCUGUUCUAUUUGGUAAUAUUUCUACUGAUGAAACUUUAGUGCAGGUUGAAGAAAAAUCUCAUGCGGCUUCUGAACUGGAAAACCGCAAGAGGAAUGUCACUCAAAUUGUAAACCCGACCUUUCCUGCAUUAGAAGGCUAUUUACUUAAAAAAAGUAACAAACUUGCCUUAAAAGGAAUAGGGAUCAAUAUAAAUCUAGGCUUGGAUAGUCUUUUAAAUAUGGACUAUGACAAUAUUUAUUUUUCUAUCAAAAAUGAUAUUUAGUUGUUGCCUAAAUCAGCCAAUAUUUUUUAUUUAAAAUAUUAUAAAUAUUUAUUUAUUAUGUCACAUAAUUUUGUAUGAUUUAGUGAUAGUUGCUAUAGACUUUAUUGGUAUAAAUCACACAAAGCUUUAGAACCCAUAAAUUCAAUUAGUCUUCAUGAUGUUCAAAGCGUUGAAAUAUAUAAAGACUCAACCACUCCUAAAUUUAAAGUUGUUUCUAGCACCAAAACUCUGAAACUGCAAGCUAGCUCAUUUGAGGAAAGGGAUAAGUGGAUAAAAGCACUUCAAAAGCAGGAAGAAGAAACUCAUCAGAAUGUGUCUUUGUUUAAUUUUGUAACUAAAGAAAGCUUGUUUGAAGAUAUUGAUGGUGUGAGCAAAUUUAAAAGAGAUUUAAUGAAAUUAGCUAUACAGCUAGGAUCGACUCUGCCUAAUAAAAAAAGAAGAAAAAGAGUUAAAAUAAAGCCUGAACCUGCUAAAAUUGUGGUUCCUGAUAUAAUGGAAGAAGAAAGCAAAAGCUGAUGCUGUUGUUUGGCAUUUUUGAAAAGAAAAAAGGAUCCUUUGAGAGAAUCCUUAAUUAUAAACUAA